UUGCUUAUACGCGUCCAUACGUACUCAUUUACCAACACGUGGACGAACUCGCAAUCACGCAACAGCGUUUGAAACUCGAGGCAAACAUUACUUGUCCCCAAACGCAUUCCUGCAGUUCUGCUUGAUUGUCACAAGCCUUAGGGCCAUAAAUGGGUGAUGGGUGAGGGUACAACUGUAGCGCGUAGGGCCUGGCGUCCUUGACUGAGCAUUUUCCGUCAUGACGAGGGCCGCGAGGAGCCUGCUCGUGGCGUGCCUGCUAGCGGCACUUUCAACCAGUAAUGCGCAGCUGCAGAAUCCGCUGCUCGGCGCGGAGGGAGGCAAUCCGCCAUGGGCGCCUGCGCUGCCUGGGGGCCCGCCCAGCUACACAGACGUAGCAGUUUCGGCGUUGCUGGAGCGCGUGACCGCAUUCAGCACCUCGGAGAACACAUACCAUGCAGCCUGGUGGGUCAUCCUGACUUGGAAGGACGCGGGCGCCGGCGAGGCGGUGCGGGCGCGGUCCGCGCAGGUCAUGAACAACGCAAGCGACGUGUGCGCCCGCAGCUGCGACAGCAACGGCCUGCCCUCGGCCGGCUGCUGCGACGCCAUGUGGUUGCCGCACAUCGAGAUGCCAAACCUGAUCGGCUAUGACGAGGACCAGCUGCCGCGCUACCGCAUCAACGCCAACGCCACCAGCGGCGCUGUCAGCUGGUCUACCCGCAUCAUCGGGAGGUGGUACUCGCCACUGGACUUCCGAGCCUACCCCUUUGACCACCAGCACCUGCUGAUGGAGAUGGCCAUAGCGGACAGCCAGUCGCACGCGGUGGGGCUCAAGUGGGAGCACGUGGCCAAGCUCAACAACACCGCACACACCAAGGGCGCGGACCUGUCGGGCUGGCGUGUCAAGUGGGGCAAGGGCAAGUUGUACGACAGCCGUACUUGCCAGGCCUCAUACGGCGUCACCGCCCACAGGUACUAUGACGCCUCCAGCGCCUCCAGCGGCGAGCUGGCGGUGCUGGUGCAGUCCCUGCGUGUCACCGACCGCCACUACGCCGACAACUCGGGUCGCGGCACCACCGCCCCGGACUGGUGCGGCACCUACAGCUCCGUGUACGACGAGGCGCGGGCGCUGUACGGCCCCAUCGUGCUGGUGGCGGAUAUCAUGGUGAAGCGCGUGUCGUCUUACUACGUCAUGGCCAACCUGAUCCCAGUGCUCAUUAUCAGUCUGGUGGUGUUCGUGGUGUACUGCAUGCCCUGCAACGCGCUGGGAGACAGAAUGGUUGUGAUCAUGACUCUGUUUCUGAGUCUGACGGCUAUGCAGUUCGUGUUCGACUUCCCGCCCGCCAACUACCUGAACGCGCUGCAGCAGGUGGUGCUUGUGGCUUACGUGAUGAUGCUGGUGGCGUGUGUGGAGAGCCUGAUUGUCAACCGCAUUGCCACGCUGCCGGUGGUGCUCACCAACAAGCGCACCUGCUUCCAGAAGUACAGCACACUGCUCAGGCGCCAGACCAACGCCAGCGCGGGCGGCAGCGGCACGCUCACACGCCGCGUGUCUCGCGCCCUCACCUCCGCCUUCACAAAGUUCCGUGACAGUAAGGAGCUGCAGCGCGCGGGCUCAGACGCCGUGCUGGUGCCCUACUCCCCAGGCGCCGUCGCCGUCGCCGCCAACCUGGGCGGCGCCUCCGCCGGCGCCUCCGCCACCGCCCGCCGCGCCAUGGGCGUCGCCGGCACCGGCAUUGUCGUGGCCCCCGGCGGCGGCAUGGUGGUCCGGCGGACCGUGUCGCGGCAGCGCAGCGCCGCCCGCCGCGCGGCGGUGGCGGCCGCCUUUGCGGCGGCGGCGAACGCGGGCACCGGCACCGGCACCGGCACCCACACGGGCACGCACACGUCGGCGGCGCCCACGCCCAAGGGCGUCGGCAGCAGUGCGCCCAGCCGCACCGGCACCCUGAGCCGCUUGGCUGCCGCCAGUGGCGGCGGCGCCACCACCGCUGCUGAGGCCGCCGAUCCUGCUACAGCCGGCGCCAGCAGCAGCCGGCCGGACAGCGGCCACGUCCGGCGCGGCCGCGCCCCGGCGUCGCCGCUGCUUCCGCCGCCGCCCCUUGUGGUUGCGGACGCGGCUGGUGCGUGCCCCGCAGUGGCAGUUGCGAUGGGCUCGCGACCGCCGUCCGUCACCGCCCCCGCGCCCCUUCCCACUCCCUCCCACGCCGCGGCCGCGGCGGCCCUGCAACCUGCUGCCGCCAGCCCCAAAGCCGACCCCAACGCCAAUCCUGCGGGCUUCGGCUCCAUUGGCGGGCCUGCCGGCAGCUGCAGCCGCAACGGCGGCGACAUGCUGGAUCCUGUGGCCUACGGUGGCACAGCUUCCGUUCAUCUUGCCCCGCUGACCGGCAGCCACUUCGCGCCCGUCGCGGCGGUUGCGCCUAUGCCGGCCGCCUACCCCGAAUCUGCCGACGGCGGCGGCGGCGGCGGUGGUUGUUUCAACAAGACGUCUUCGGCGUCGACUGGCCCCAACGCCAUUGCCGGCGGCGGCUCCUGGCGGCUGCGGCGGCACGACGGCUGCUUUGGCCGAUUGUUUGGCUGCCUGGCGGCGGCGUGGGCGGCGGUGGCGGCGGCGUGUGGGCGCGCGGCGGCGGCUCCGGACCGGUUCUAUCAGAACUGCAAGGAGGACGCCGAGUUCGCCUGGUUCGUGGCAUCGCGCAUCGACAAGUACUGCUGCGUCGUGGCUGUGUGUCUGUACGUAGUGAUCAUCAGUGUGCUGCUGUGGGUGCAGACGCAGGUGGGCGACCACAAGAUGAUGCUGGGCGACCGGCCGGGAAAUAUGUAGCGAACUGGUUGCCGGGUCAACUUGGCAAAUGGCUUCCGCUCAUGCGGGCUCUCGGGGCCCGCAGCAAACUGGCUGUCCGCAUCGGGGAGCAAGGCACAGAUCUGGGAUACAUUAUUCAGGUUUGCGGUCAGAAGCGCCUGCAAGCUGGUUGACAGGCAUGAAACUGUUGAACGCGAGUGGGUGCCGCACGGCCCCAGAAUAAACGGUGUGGCACGUGAAUGAAUGCCGCAAGCCACGUGAGACGCAUGAUGACUGGACGAAGUACAGGAGCUUUGCGGUCGUAGUGGUACAUAUGGGUAGCACGGGUGCCAUGCAUUUCAAUGCUGUCUCGUGAUCGAGAUGCGAGCUCGAAAUGGGAGUUAUACAACUUGUUGUUGGAUGAACGGGGCUUCACCUUGAUGGACGGAGCGUUGUUUGGUGAACCUGCUUCCCCUGUACAUGGCAUCGGCUGGCACAGGUAGGGGGGUGCCAACAUUGCAGCGCUGCGUGGGGAACGUGGCGGUACGUAAGCAUGGUGUUCGUCCGCCCAUGCCAGGCGUUGGGUGCCGUGCACCAGUCGGGCGGGGCGGUCUUUGUUGUUGAGUAUUGUCCGGCGUUUAUCUCUGGAUCGCAAGUCAUAUCUUGAUUGGGAGGGUUGCAUUUGUGUUGCAAUUGUCAAUAUAGCGCAUUUGUGGUUGCGGCUAGGUGAGGAUAAUAACACAGACCACACCGCAUGCGUGGGCGCGUCCAGGUGUGCCGACGGGAAGCAAAUAGUGCCCUGGGCCGGAUGCGGCAUAGGCUUGCAGCCUUGCACACUGCGUGCACGGGUUGCAUGCACUCUAGCAUAUUGCACCAGGAGGUGUUGGGGGCUUGGAGCCUUGUACCAAAUCAUUGAUACAACUAAUUAUUGCAUGCGCUUGACGACAACUGCCAGGGUCGCACUUCCGUGUAAACUGUAAGCAGUAUGCUGU